AAAAAAACAAAACAAGGUGGGAUCGGAAGUGUUAUGGAAAGAGGCAAAAUAAAGACAAAACGCAAAGGCACAUAGUCGGUCGGUGGGGACUGGGAGGGAAGGGAGAAAAACAUCAACAUGGUACAACCAGAAAAGCAUUACAAGGUGUUUUUCCUAGCAGUGAUUGCUUUGCUGGUUGCCAUUUGCGUGGCAGAAGUCCCCUUAUGCCACCCUCGGCAUAAGGCUGCAGUAGUAAAGAUGGACGAGGCCUCUCUCACUGUCAACAAUGAGCUGGAUGCUGAGAUGGUCGUGAGCUGGCUAUCAGACCACUGCUAUCAGUGUGUGUACCAGCCCCUGGGUGUGGUGCCAGCAGGCCCUGGACCAGGCAUACCCAGCUCAGUGGACUUCACCGUGGGCACACAGCAUGGCAUCACCCUGCAGUUCAACAGCAGCCUCGUCAGCCUGGAACUCUGCAAGGUUCAUUUCCACUUCUGGGAGCAUGGUAACUACUCUCUGUGGGUCAAGAACCUGAAUGACUCAUCAGUGGUCAACUGUUCCAUGAUCACUGACACAGAACCGGUCAACAGCUACCUGCCCAUCAUGGUGGCCUUUCUGUUGUUCACGGGACUGGCUCUACUGUCUGCUGUUGGAGGCACAGUCAUGGGGCUGGACGUGGUGAAGAAUCUGAUGUUCCGAUUGGGCAACUCCAUGGAAACUGAGAGGCUUAUCAACUCAGAGCUGGGGUUUCCCGGCAGGACGGUGGAGACGGCCACAGACACCAUACUCCCCACCCCCGCCACCCCCAGCCGGAGGCUCCGAUCCCUGGACACUUUCAGAGGGUUGUCCCUGGUCAUCAUGGUGUUUGUCAACUACGGAGGAGGGAGGUACUGGUUCUUCAGACACGAGAGCUGGAACGGACUCACAGUUGCUGAUUUGGUCUUCCCCUGGUUUGUGUUCAUCAUGGGCACGUCUAUAUCCCUGUCUGUCAGCUCAGCCCUGCGGUGUGGUUUGUCACGUUUCUCUCUCUUCACCAAGGCAGUCUGGAGGAGUGUUCAGCUCUUCCUCAUAGGACUCCUCAUCAUCAACCCCAACUACUGCCAGGGACCACUAUCAUGGGACUCCCUGCGUAUCCCUGGCGUGCUUCAGCGUCUGGCCUUCUCCUAUCUGGUGGUGACCUCUCUGGACCUCUGUGUGGCCUGGAACAGCCUGGACAACCUUCCUGUGGAUGCUUGGUGGUACUCUGCUCGUGAGUUCCUGCUCUACUGGCCAGCCUGGCUGUGUGUGGUCGUCUUGGAAACCGUGUGGCUCUGUCUCACCUUCCUGCUCCCUGUUCCUGACUGCCCAAGUGGUUAUUUGGGCCCAGGUGGUAUUGGGGACAUGGGCCAGUACCCAAACUGCACUGGGGGAGCAGCUGGAUAUGUAGACCGCUGGUUACUGGGAGAGAACCACAUCUACCAAACACCUUCCUCACGGGUGAUCUACAAGUCUCACAUGCCCUUUGAUCCAGAGGGAGUCCUUGGCAGCAUCAACUCUGUCUUCAUGGCUUUCCUGGGACUACAGGCAGGAAAGAUCCUCCUCCACUACAAGGAUCAGCAUUCCAGUAUAAUGGCCCGGUUCCUCAUAUGGAGCCUGGUUCUGGGAAUCAUAUCAGCCACUCUGACCAAAUGUUCACUGAAUGAAGGCUUCAUCCCCGUCAACAAGAAUCUAUGGUAA